AUGAUGACCUUCUUCCUACCUCUCAUUGCGAUUCUCUUCACUUCCCAAUUGAAUGCAGUAAUUGUAGACGAUUUCGCCUGCACCACCAACACAGCUGCCACUUCUAAAUGGCUACCUUCUUCCACGGUAUGUAGUAAUGUCAUAUCCGAUGCAGCAUGCACUGCAUUGUAUCCAGUUGGCGGUGGCGGUGCUAUUGUAGUUGGAGGAGACAAUGCGAGACCCUUCAUUUGUUAUAGAACGGGAAAUGCUGCGGGAGCGGUUAUGGAUGAUAUCAAGGCAGAUGCCAUUAGCAUCUGUCCGAAAUCUUGCGGAUAUUGCUGUGAGACUAGUGCAUACAAUUGCCCAAACGCUGCUUUACCAAGCAUCGAUUGCUCAAAAGUAACACCUACACAGUGCAAAAGCCCAGCGUGGAGACCAGUCAUUGCUGCAGAAUGCCCUUCUGCAUGUGGUUUCUGCAGCGAAAAUGGAUGCAUUGACGCAGUGAAGGAAUGUGCUAACGAUAUAACCAUUUGUAACGCUGUUAAUUGGCAAGAUUUCGUCAACAAGAACUGCCAAAAGACUUGCAAGAGAUGCCCCGCCACCACCGCAGCUCCAGCUGCAGGUGUCACAACCACUGCAGCUCCAGCUCCCGUUCCAGUCGUCCCAACUGCAGCUCCACCAGCAGUUGUUACCACCGCUGCACCAGCCACCUGCACAUCGUACAUGCCUGACAGCACCACAAAGUGUGCGGAAUACGCUCGUAAUGGAUUCUGUACCAGCACAAUGUACACACAGGCUGCGAAGAAAGCCUCAUGCGCAACAACUUGCAAAAUCUGCUAA